AUGUGGUCUUCAAGCAUGGAGACUUGUAAUGCAAGGAGAGUUGGGAGACAUUGGAGACAAUCUCUGUACAAAAAGAAGGGAAAAAGCCAUGGCUCGAGUCAACACAAGUACAAACACAAAACCCGGCCGCCAUUGCCGCCGGCUGGAAGUGUGAAAAGCCCUCCUCCGGCAGUUCCACCGCCACCAUUGCCGCCGCCGGCAGUUGGUCCUAUACAAGAAGAUGAACCUAAUGUUUUCCAUGUCUUGGAUUUUGGAGCCAAAGGUGAUGGAAGCACAGAUGACACCAAGGCAUUCCAAGCUGCGUGGGCAGCUGCUUGCAAGGUUGAAGCCUCUGUAAUAAAUGUGCCCGCAGAGUAUGUAUUUCUGGUGGGACCCAUUUCGUUUUCCGGCCCAUACUGUCAGCACAACAUUGUUUUUCAGUUGGAUGGCACAAUAAUUGCCCCCAAAAGCUCCGGCCCUUGGGGUUCGGGCCUUCUCCAGUGGCUCGAGUUUUCCAAACUUGUCGGGCUUACGAUCAAAGGGAGCGGCUUAAUAGACGGAAAUGGGGCCGUUUGGUGGCAGAGCUCUCCUUUUGACGACGACCCUUUUGAUGAUCAAGCCAAAUUCAUUGUCCCUUUGAACGCCACGACCACACAAAAGCCUCCAAUGCCUAUAGAAAGCUCGCUUGGUGGCAAAAUGCCGAGCAUAAAACCGACUGCACUUAGGUUUUACGGGAGUUUUAAUGUAACAGUCACUGGCAUCACAAUCCAAAACAGCGCGCAGUGCCAUCUAAAGUUUGACAACUGCAUUGGAGUGUCUGUGUACAAUUUUACGGUCUCGUCCCCUGGCAACAGCCCAAAUACUGAUGGAAUACAUUUGCAGAACUCCAAAGAUGUGCUCAUUCGCAGCUCCAAUCUUGCUUGCGGGGACGAUUGUGUAUCGAUACAAACGGGAUGCACAAACGUGUACGUACACAACAUUAAUUGUGGCCCUGGACACGGCAUUAGCAUUGGCGGGCUCGGAAAAGAUGACACCAAAGCUUGCGUGUCCAACAUCACCGUCCGAGAUGUCAUCAUGCACAACACCAUGAAUGGUGUGAGAAUUAAGACAUGGCAGGGCGGGUCGGGAUCCGUACGAGGAGUGCUAUUUUCCAACAUCCAAGUCUCGGAAGUCCAGCUCCCGAUCGUGAUCGACCAAUACUAUUGCGACAAGACCAAAUGCAAAAACCAAACAACGGCCGUGUCACUAUCAGGAAUCAACUACGAGAACAUACGCGGGACUUACACUGUAAAACCCCUUCACUUUGCGUGCAGUGAUAAUGUCCCUUGUACGGAUGUCACCCUCACAAACAUUAAACUGACUCCACAACAAGAGGGUUACCACAUGUAUAACGACCCCUUCUGCUGGCAGACUUUCGGCCAGCUUUUCACUCCCACGCUCCCUCCGGUUAUGUGCUUGCAGAUCGGAAAACCGUCUAGCAACAAGAUUUUGGGUGAUCAUGAUUCUUGUUGA